AUGGCGAUCAUCAGCGAGACGUACUUUCUCAUGUGUGAAACCGACUGGACCCUGGAGGGCCAGCGUGAACGCGCGUACGAGAAGGGCAUGGACAUGCUGAGCCAAGGCAUCAUGCUGAGCGAAUUUGGCACUCGCCGUCGUCGUUCGCUAGCGACUCAGGUGGCUGUGCUUGAAGGCCUUGUCCAGGCCAACAAGGACAUCCAAGCUUCAGGUAACCCGAACGCUGGUCGUUUGCUUGGCACAAGCAAUGUAUACUUGGCGAAGCAAUUCGGACUUGUGCCAAGCGGUACGAUUGCUCAUGAAUGGACGAUGGCCAUCGCUGCGAUGCAAGGGUACGAACGCAGCAAUGUACAUGCGCUUGAGCUCUGGGACCAGGUGUACCAGCCGCCAGCCUUCACACCACAGAAGCCAUCCGACGACCUGACCAUUGCUCUCACCGACACAUUCAGCACCAAAGUGUUCUGGGAUGAUUUGCUCUCCGAUGAGCGAGGCAGAGAAAUUCUCAAACGCUGGCGUGGUCUACGGCAAGACUCGGGCGAUAGUGCGACAUUUGUGCAGCAUGCAUUGGACAUGUACCGCAAGAUUGGGGUCGAUCCAUCGACGAAGCUUGUCAUCUUCUCUGAUGGAUUGAAUGUGCGUCGUUGCCUCGAUCUGCAGCGUAUGGCCAAGGACGUGGGCAUUCGUGCAGGUUUUGGCGUCGGAACGAAUCUCACAAACGAUUUCCGCCGCGUGUCUAACGGUGAGCCCAGCCGUGCAUUGAACAUGGUCAUCAAGCUGAACUCUGUGAAUGGGAACCAGGCCGUAAAGAUCAGUGAUGAUCUAACAAAGAACACGGGGGAUCCUCAUGAAGUUGCGUACGUAUGA